AUGUUCGUCUAUCUUGCUUUUACAGGUAACUCAUAAAACUUCUAGUUUGAUUUAUUAACUUACAGUCAUCUUAUUGCGCUAUCCCUGCUCCUGCAAGGAUGAAGAUGUGGACCCCGGCGCCAUCGGAUAUCUGUAUAAAACAAGAAUUUACGACUUUAAAUCGACAAUGAUUUACAACGACUAUGCUGCGACUUCAAAGGCCAUAAAAACACAUGCAAAUGUUACAAUAAAAUACGUCCACAAUGAUAAGGACUCAAUGCUGGCGGAGUAUACGGUAGGUCGCAAAAAAGCUUUCUAUGGUCAAGUUUGCGGCAAAUCAAGAAGUUUUAGAUCAACAACUGCUUUCGGGGACCAUGCAAGAAUUUGAAGGACAAAAAAGUUUUCGUGGAACUGGAGCGAGGUCAGGUUGUGAAUGGACUCCUGCAAGAACAAGCAUCAUUAUGGGACUUUCGGCAUUCGCUGGUGUACGCGCUGACGGUUCCUCAUCUGCAAGAAGUCGGUAAAAGAGAAAGAGGGGUCAGUUUUUUUAAGAACUCACCAGAUUUUGAAGGCUAGAGCCUCUUGCUGCAAGCUCAUUCUAUGGCAACGACGUAUUUAUAUUCGUUUUUAGACCUUCCCCCAUGGCAACUGCGAUUUCGUCCAUAAACGAAGCAACUCUACCGAGUACAUUCAUGAGAUCAAAAGAUGCGACUUCAACCUCUUCAAUCCAGCCAAUCCAUUCAUGAAACUCUAUUUGAGCAGCAAAAUUAAUUACUUGUAAGUAGCUAUUUUUUCUCUCUAGGUCAGUGUAAAAUUCACCGUUCAUUUUCAGCCAAAACGAAAAGUACGUUGGAGAAGAAACGAACAUCGUUGGCGUCGAAACCCUUGAAUUCAAAAACAUCUUGGAUUCGACAUACUUCCUCAACGUUUCCUCAAGUUUUCAACUGACCUUACAACAUACUAAUCAGUCCAUGAAGAAGAAACGCUGUGAUUAUGGGCUUACUGUCGGAGAAUGUGCUAGCCGACUGCCGUUGGAGAGGCUGGGAAGAGAAUGGGCUGUUAUAGCGACUUCCUUGAAGGCCGUUAAUCAUACUUUGACGAAAACACGUAAUAAUAAAUUUAGUCAAAGUGACGUGUUUGAGGCAAGCAGGUUACUGUGUAGCGGAGACAAAGAGAAGUUCGAUGAGGGAUACAAAGUCUUGAAGGAUAUUGAUUUUUAUGAACGACCGGUAAGUAAUAAAGCUUUUCUCGUUGCUGACGUAAGCACUAUGCAAUUAUGAUAAGCUGAUGCAGGCUUAAUAACAUGAGGUAUCAGUCUGUCGGAAAAAUAACGGCGGAUCGUCGCAUCAAAAUGUCUCGCCUCGCCGCUGUCGCGCACCAAAUCCCAAGCCGCGGCUUGCAGUCGCAAAGCGAUGAUGGGCGAUUCGGAGGCGCGACGAUCCGCCGUUUUUUUCCCGACAGACCGAUAAUAUUUUCGGUUGAAAGUUGGCAAGAACGUGACAUUUUUUGCAAAUUUUCUGGGGAUACAAAAGCUUGAAGUCUAUUUCUAUCCUACAGAGCAGCGUUUCCAUAAAAAACACAUUUUUUUCCGCAUAACACUUCCAACAAUAUCACCAAAAAUUGUUUUUCUACGUGACCGGUCUCCGCGUUUUGCGUGCUCUCUCGGUCGCAAAAAUGAAUAUCUUGGCACAGCAUUCCGAAUUUUUUUCGCCGCCGAUCGGUGUCCAAAAAAAUGAAAAAUUAAAAAAUGCACAUUACAUUUUCAUGUGUGUAAGGGUAGCCAGAAGAGAUACUGGCAAAAACAAAAACUCUUUAUGUAGAGUAAUCAAUUUCCUUUCAGAGUAUGUAAGUUUUGUCUUCAGGUUGCCCGCUACCUUUGAGAAAAUCGUCACUAAAAAAAUGGAAGUUUCGAUUUUGAAUGCCAAAAAAAUGUACUUUCUUGGGGCCACCAAAAAAGAUGUUGGAGUCUAUCGUAAAGAGAAUUUCAAGGGCUACAACAUAUUAAAAUUUCAAGAUUUUUGUGGGGGUUUGAGUCAAGCUAGAGUGAAAAAACCCCUGAUUUUGGCCAUUUUUUGCACUUUUUCUUGAUUUGUUUGCACUUUUAGUGCAAAAAUAAAAAACCAUCCGUCGGCGAUGGAAUCUGUGUGUCAUGUCGGAUAUGCAUGCCAAACUUGAAGCUUCGCCGACGCUCCGGAGUCGCUGAAUAUCCGUUUAAACACGAAACCUUAGAGUACUAUUUCUGUUGUUUGAAGUCGCUUUAUCUGCUCCAAGAUACCUUUUGAUCAAAAGUAUAUUGUCUAUAUACAGUGUAUAACAAUUUCUUAUCAUUUACUCACGAUAUAUUUUUUUUAUUUCGACAAUUGAAUUUGGCAGAAAAUCCUUCCUAGAGCGUUUGUUUGUUGCAAGAACCAAUUAAAUUAACCGCCAAGCUGAGUUAGACUUUUGCAAUUAAGUCGUUACGCAGUUGUUAUACACUGUAUAUAGACAAUAUAUUUUUGCUCAAAAGGUAUCUUGGAGCAGAUAAAGUGAUUUCAAACAACAGAAAUAGUACUCUAAGGUUUCGUGUUUAAACGGAUAUUCAGCGACUCCGGAGCGUCGGCGAAGCUUCAAGUUUGGCAUGCAUAUCCGACAUGACACACAGAUUCCAUCGCCGACGGAUGGUUUUUUAUUUUUGCACUAAAAGUGCAAACAAAUCAAGAAAAAGUGCAAAAAAUGGCCAAAAUCAAGGGUUUUUUCACUCUAACUUGACUCAAACCCCCACAAAAAUCUUGAAAUUUUAAUAUGUUGUAGCCCUUGAAAUUCUCUUUACGAUAGACUCCAACAUCUUUUUUGGUGGCCCCAAGAAAGAACAUUUUUUUGGCAUUCAAAAUCGAAACUUCCAUUUUUUUAGUGACGAUUUUCUCAAAGGUAGCGGGCAACCUGAAGACAAAACUUACAUACUCUGAAAGGAAAUUGAUUACUCUACAUAAAGAGUUUUUGUUUUUACCAGUAUCUCUUCUUGCUACCCUUACACACAUGAAAAUGUAAUGUGCAUUUUUUAAUUUUUCAUUUUUUUGGACACCGAUCGGCGGCGAAAAAAAUUCGGAAUGCUGUGCUUGGCAAAGCCUGCAAAGGCGAGCUAAAUUUCCUGACUUCAUGUUGGCCUAUGCCCAAACAUUAGUUUUACAAAGAUUGAAUUUCCAGAUUGUCUACAGGAUGUUAAACAGCUUCUACGGGACUUGCGGGGAAAACGUCCCGGUUGACCAUUCGCUGAAAGUCGCCGAGUUGUUGGUUAAAAUGAUGCCAGUUCAACCUUUCAUUGCAACACUCCUUUUGCGUGCGGAAUCCGAGUCUGUCCAAGAGCCUAAUAAAUGGGGGUACUUGUAUGAUGUUAUUAAGAUCGAAGCGCAGAGAUAUGAAGAUGUAAGUAUGUAGUGUGGAAAUAUCGAAACCGCCUUUAUCCAUGUUUAGUUUGCCGACUUCUGGAAGCAAAUGAGGCGAUUCCAUGUGUUCAAGCCGAAUUAUUUGUAUCUGUCGCAGCAUGGAAAAGCUUUUGCCAAAAGGAGGAAGAUUACAGGUAAGCUGCAAGGCACAUAUCGGCAAAGAAUGUGCGUUCAAAAAUUUCCUGGCCUGAGUACAAGCUAGGAGUACUAGAAGUGAGGUAAAUCGGGCCGGAAUGGGCCAAAAUUAUACAUAUCCGGUCAGGCCAGGCCCGGGCUUUUUCAAAUCUGCUCAGGUCCAAUUGCUACUUCUAGAAUAGAUGAAGAAUUUUCCCGAGGGAUUGAUAUAAUAGUAGACGAUUAUCUUUUUUAUUCAGCUCUUAACGGCGUCAGCUUGUACAUUGUCACCCGACGCUACACCGAUGAUCACCACAAAUACUCUCUCGAACAUGCUGAUCAUCUAAAUGUCACCGAGCUGGCUAGUCUAGAAUGUGCCAGUGAAAAUUGCUUGCUUCGGGUUGUGAAUCACAACGAACAAAUUGAACUUAACGAUAGAAAGGUAAACAAUUCUCGACCAGACUACAAUAGACUUUGACUGAUUUAGGAAAUUUCGCUAACUAUCGCGCUAAACAGCACUAUGCCCCUUCAAGCCGGACCUGCAUUACUUUUCAACUCUGCGACAGAGUUGCUUCUGACCGGUCGAAAAGCCGGAAGUGCUGUUCAACUAGAAUUUGAACUGAAGGUAGCAGAUCGUAUCACGGUGGUGAAAAACUUGUUCAACAAAAGGAUGACAAUAUCAGGGAGUGUUCGGUUGAGCCCUGAGGAAGUUGUAGUGGGGGAAGUGAGAAAAAGGUAGGAUGUAUUAAAAGAGAAGAUUACCAAACGAUAUGUGUUUUUAGUUUUGGAGAUGAAUCAGUGAGUUUGGUUCGAAAGUACCCUGGAAUUACCGUACCAUAG